CACACACAAAACACACUCGCCUCCGGCACCAGGACUGCUCGUCCCCGUUCCCUGAUAGGCGGAGGCGGCCUGGCCUGAAGAACACCCCAGACUCGAGCGAGCCACCGCCGAUCCGCUGCUCCUGACCAACCUCCGUGCGCCGCGCAGCCAUGAGGCUCCUCCUCGUUGCCGCCGUCCUCCUCUGGGCCUCCGCGGCGUCGGCGUCGAAGCCCCCCCUCGACACCCUCGGCAUCCCCCCGCAAGAUGAGGCGUACUACAGGGGUGGCGUGAUCAAGUGCAGGGAUGGAUCGGGCAAGUUCUCCAGGGACCAGCUCAACGACGACUUCUGCGACUGCCCCGACGGCACCGACGAGCCCGGGACAUCCGCGUGCCCUGAAGGGAAGUUCUACUGCAAGAAUGCAGGCCACACUCCAAUCACGAUCUUCUCGUCACGAGUGAAUGACGGCAUUUGUGAUUGCUGUGAUGGGAGCGACGAAUAUGAUAGCAAUGUCACCUGUAAGAACACUUGCUGGGAGGCUGGCAAGGCGGCAAGAGAUAAAUUGAAGAAGAAAAUCACUACGUACAAAAGCGGUGUUGUUAUUCGGAAACAGGAAGUCGAAAGGGCAAAAGAGGCUUUUGCUAAAGACGAAUUGGAGUUAGCAAAAUUGAAGGGUGAAGAGAAAUUACUCCAAGGACUUGUCAAUAAUCUCAAAGAGCAAAAGAAAUUAAUAGAGAAGGCAGAGGAAGAAGAGCGUCUAAGAAAAGAGAAGGAAGAAAAGCGAAUAAAAGAAGAAGCUGAAAAGAAAGCCACUGUUGAAAAGGAAGCACAGGAUGCUUCUCGGGAAGUAGAUUCUAAGGAAACUGCCCCCCCUGUGCAAGAAGAUGAAAGCAAGGUCGGUGAACAACAUGAUGGGCAUGCCACGGACCAUGAUAAUCAUGUGCCAGAAAGCAGGAUAUCUGUUGAGCAGCAUGGUUCUGAAAGCCAAGAUGACAGUGGAACUGUAGUUGAAUCGCCACCGAAGGAGUCUACACCUACUUUAGAGAAGGAAACUAGCUCUGACAAUCCUGAGGGUUUAUCAAGGGAGGAGUUAGGUCGUUUGGUGGCUUCUCGCUGGACUGGAGAAAGUGUAAAUGAGGUUAGUAAGGAUGAUAAGAAGGGGCAUGAAGAUGUACAUGAAAUACCAGAACCAGCAGAAGAAGGACCUGAAGAUGAAUUAGAAAUACCAGAACCUGCUGAAGAAAGUUACGCUGGUUAUCAUUCAGAAGUUGAGGACGACAGGCAUAAAUAUGAUGAUGAAGAGUUUGAUCAUGAAUCAGAAGAUGAAUAUGCUGAUGAUCAUGAUGAGCAUGUUGGAUCUUAUAAAUCUGAUGAUGACCAGAAAGGUGGUCACCAUUCAGAUUUAACUGCAUCAGGACAUUCCUCUUGGAUGGACAAAAUUCAGCAGACUGUACAAAAUGUUCUCCAAAAGUUCAACUUUUUCAAAACCCCUGUGGAUUUAUCAGAGGCUUCUCGUGUUCGCAAGGAGUAUGAUGAUGCCAGCUCAAAGCUUUCAAAAAUCCAGUCCAAGAUAUCCACGCUAACUGAGAAGCUAAAGCACGACUUUGGUAAGGACAAGGAGUUCUAUUCCUUUUAUGAUCAGUGCUUUGAGAGCAAGGAGGGAAAAUAUACUUACAAGGUCUGUGCAUACAAGAAAGCAACACAAGCUGAAGGACACAGUUCCACAAACCUGGGGCGUUGGGACAAAUUUGAAGAAUCAUACCGAGUAAUGCAGUUUUCAAACGGGGACAGAUGCUGGAAUGGUCCAGACCGAAGCCUGAAAGUUAGGCUUAGAUGUGGGCUGAGUAAUGAGCUUAAUGAUGUUGAUGAGCCUAGCCGAUGCGAAUAUGUGGCUGUAUUGUCAACUCCUGCACUUUGCAUUGAGGAGAAGCUGAAGGAGCUGCAAAACAAACUUGACGCCAUGUCUUCGAAACAGCCCGGGCAUGACGAGCUCUAAACUAUCCUGGUAUGAUGCAAGGAACAAUAAAGAACAUGUCACCCCAGGAAGCAUAACUCUCACAACCAAAGAAUGGAAGUCAAUGAGGUAUAUGAAGAGCGAAGUUCCAAGCUGGAGAAACGGUAAUGUAGCGUUCAGACCACCACCGAGGCAAUGUUAGGUCGCUUAGAACCCUAUUUUUAGCUGAAUUCGUAGGAUGUUGCAAUUUUCCAGCCUCGUCCUGACUUUUGUUUGGUAGAGGCGACUGCAACCGAGCUUUAAUUUGUGGUUUAACAUUGCUCUAUCUUAGGGAAAGAUGCUGUGACUCGUGUUGUGUCUCCAGCUUCAUUGCCAACCGGACAUCGGAAUUUCUUAGAACUUGUUACACAUUUGGUGAAAACCAGUUAGAAACAGUACAUCUGGAAACAUCAUAAUCUGAAGCCCCAGCUUGUUACGCAA